AUGUCACAAGAUGCUGGGAGAGAGAAGGUGUUUCAAACCACUAAAGUUCGAACAUCAAUCAAAAGUGAUCUGAGCUGGAUCCAGAAAAUGAAGGAGGCAGAAAACAUAAAAGACAGCAGAGAUCCCCCAGAAGAACGCACACCCACUUUAUCAAGACAGCUUUCAUACGUGUUGAUGACAGCCAAGAAGUUUGAGCCGGCUACUUCUCCAGAAAAGGAAGUACAAAUUGGAAAGCAUUCGACUCCAAUUGAGACUCCAGAAGUGAUCCAAGAAAAUGUAGAAAUUGCUGUUCAAUCUGCCGGUGACGAUCAACCUGCCAUGGUAGAUAUUAAUCCAGAGGAGAUUUUCAAAGCAGAGCCUGUGGUGGUCAUGCCUUCCACAUGUGAAGCGGAGGAAAGUGGUCCCCUGGAGAAGGAAGUCACAGAGGAAAAUAUAUCUGAAGAAGCCACUGAGAUUGAGCCGAUACCUCUGGUUCCUUCUGUUGCCGGUGAAAAUCAGGCUGUUUUUGAUUUAAGUAAUGCUCUUGAAAUAGUUCCAACCAGCGAGAGCAAUGAAGAGGUUGGGAAGAUGGAAAUUACUCGUGCAAAUGAUGAAGCAACCGAUGUCAAAACUGUGAAAGAGUCCGAAGAGCCUGCUAACAAUAACGGAAGUUCACCGAGGUCUACGGAAACAAGUCCCAAGUCCUUUAUUAUGCGAGAUGGGCAAGAAGUGUGUUCCCAUUGUGACCAGUUUAUUGGACCAGUAAAGCUCACAGUUGAAUAUCCUCCCAUGUACCUCCACCCUGAGUGUCUGACGUGCGGAAAGUGCACACAAAACCUGGGGAACCUGCUGAUCCCCAUGUUUGAGCACAACCACUUGAUCUACUGCAGCGACUGCUACGACGUGGUCUACACUCUCUGA